UAUGCUUGGUGCAUGCACCCAAGAAAACUUCUCUUUAUAUAUAGUCACAAAUGCCUUAAACUAAUUAACUUGAGUUGAUUGAGAGUUCAUUUCCAAAGUAACCAUGGGGUUGGAGCUUCAUAUUCUCAUAUCAACCCUUGGUUUUCUCUUGUUCAUAGUAAUCAAAAUUACAUGGAAAUCAAAAGCUAAGAAAACAAAUUCCAAAUUGCCACCAGGACCAAGAAAACUUCCACUCAUAGGGAACAUCCAUCAACUUGGAGCCUUACCUCAUCAAUCCCUAGCAAAAUUAGCACAACAAUAUGGACCUCUCAUGCACAUGAAGCUUGGUGAACUUUCUUGCAUAGUUGUUUCAUCUCAAGAAAUGGCUAAAGAAGUGAUGAAAACACAUGAUCUCAACUUUGCAAAUAGGCCUCCACUUCUUGCAGCAGAAAUAAUCACUUAUGGAUAUAAAGGAAUGACUUUUUCUCCACAUGGAUCCUAUUGGAGACAAAUGAGGAAGAUUUGUACUAUGGAGCUUUUAUCACAAAAGCGCGUCGAAUCUCUUCGAUCACUAAGGGAAGAAGAAAUAGCAAAUCUUGUCAAAGAUAUAACUUUGAGUGAAGGGUCACCUAUAAAUAUUAGUGAGAAGCUUGAUUCAUUUGCUUAUGGAUUAACUUCAAGAACAGCUUUUGGUGCACAAAUUGAAGGUAAAGAAAAGUAUAGGAAACUUAUGAAAGAUGUAUCGAAGAUGGCUGGAGGGUUUUCUCUAGCAGAUUUGUUUCCUUCAAUUGGAAUUCUUCAAGUUCUUACAGGAUUAAGGCAAGGAAUUGAGAAGCUUCAUAAGGAAAUGGAUGAGAUACUAGAGAAUGUUGUAAGAAAUCAUAAACAAAAGAAUUUGGAAACUAAGGACAAGGAAGAAACAGGGGAGGAUCUUGUUGAUGUUCUUUUGAAGCUGCAAAAGGACAGUGAUUUGGAACAUCCCUUAUCAGACAACGUUGUCAAAGCAACAAUUCUGGAUAUCUUUAGUGCCGGAAGCGACACCACAUUUACCAUUUUAGAAUGGGCAAUGUCAGAAUUGAUUAAAAAUCCACAAGUGAUGCAUAAAGCACAUGUUGAAGUAAGAGGUGUCUAUAAUGAAAAGGGGUAUGUUGAUGAACCAAAUCUCCACAAGCUCAUAUACCUGAAAUCAGUUAUAAAAGAAACGAUGCGUUUACAUGCACCAGUUCCAUUGUUACUUCCAAGACAAUGCAGUGAAAAAUGUAAAAUUAAUGGAUAUGAAAUACCAGUCAAAAGUAAAGUCAUUGUUAAUGCAUGGUCAAUAGCUAGAGAUUCAAGAUUUUGGAUCGAAGGUGAGAAAUUUGUUCCAGAAAGAUUCAUUGAUAGCUCAGUUGAUUACAAAGGUGUGGAUUUUCAGUUUAUUCCAUUUGGUGCUGGAAGAAGAAUUUGUCCUGGUAUGAUGUUUGGUAUUGCUAACUUGGAAAUCUCACUUGCAAAUUUACUUUACCAUUUUGAUUGGAAAAUGCCAAAUGGGGAUAAGGCUGAUGAACUCGACAUGACUGAAUCGUUUGGAUUAACCGUAAGAAGAAAACAUGAUUUGUGGUUGGUUCCCACUAUUUACCAUAGCUCAUGUUAAGGGCUCGUUUGACCCAGCUUUUUUUAGAGUUUAUACAAUUUUUAUAUAUUAUUAUAAGUUUGUCAAGGUAGUUUAUGAUAAAAUAUUUUAUAAAAUUACAAUUUUCACUAGUGUGAACUUAUAAAAUAGUAUAAAACCUAAUUUAUAUUGCAUAAGCUAUUUGUAUAAGCUCUAAAAAAAGCUGGGUCAAACACAUCAUAAGCCUUAAGAACAUAAGUAAUAUAAUGUUAGUGAAAAAUAAUACAGUAUAUGUAGUGUUCUUUUACCGUAAAAAUAAUAUAUGUAUAGUGUUAAUG